GCAAUUUGGAUCUGGCAACCCUGGCUGGUCGGGUGAUCAGCUGAUAACAGUAAACAGAGUUGGGUGGGCGGGCAACAUGAAGCUCCUGAUCAUCCUGGUUUGUGCAGCCUCCACGCACGCCUUAUUUGAUACCAAGGAGCUCUUUGUGUGUGAAACCAAUGCUUUCCCCCCCAAUCAAAGUGAUGCUGCUCCUGUUUACACCGUUGAUCUUGACCUUCCUCCUCAAGAGAGAUGGACGAAGCUGUUGGCAGAGAAAAAAGAACCCAUGUUGGCUCUUAUUGGCCAUGUUAAAAAUUUGACCAUAUCUCUUCUAGGGAUGAAAGUCUUUAAUAUCAUCAACAAUAAUCUGGAAAAGAUUUCCACUACACUUCCAUAUCCCUAUAAUGAGGAAGUUAUAGGCAUUGCUAAAGCUGUGGACCUUCCUGUCUCAGAAAUUACGCUGUACAACAUUUUUUAUGAGAUCUUUACAUUAUGUACCUCUAUCAUUGUUCAGGAUACAUCAGGAAAUAUCUACCAUGGUCGCAACCUGGAUUUUGGACUCUUUAUGGGGUGGGAUCCUAAAGAACACACAUGGGAAGUGGCCGAGUUAUUGAAGCAUUUGGUUGUACAGCUGGAGUGGCAGAAGGAAAAAGCUAUAGCUUAUAAAUCCAUCAGCUUUGUUGGAUAUAUUGGUGUCAUUACUGGUGUCAAAAAGGAUCAUUUUACCUUCAGCUUGGACGAACGAUUUUCUUUAAAUGGUGGUUUCAUUGGGUUGCUGGAGUGGAUCCUGUUUAAGGAUUAUAAGCAGAAGUGGGUGUCAUUCCUUACUCGUGAAGUCAUGGAAGAAGCCAAAACAUAUGAAGAAGCCAAACUCAUGCUUUCGAAGACUAGACUGUUGGCUCCUGUAUACUUUAUCCUCGGUGGAACUAAGCCAGGUGAAGGGUCAAUCAUCACUCGUUGGCGUGAUAACUACCGUGUCGAUAGCUUAGGUGACGACGUGUUUGGCUUGGAUUCAUGGUUUAUUGUUGAAACAAAUUACGACCACUGGGCGUCGCCACCAUUUUAUGAUGACCGCAGGACACCGGCUACUUAUUGCUUGAGAAAAGGAGAGCAAAAAAAUGCCUCAGCAAAGUUGCUUUAUAAUGUUCUUUCAAGCAAGCCAGUAUUAAACAAACUGACAACUUACACAAGUAUAAUGGAUGUCAAGCAAGGUUAUAUUGGCGCCUGGAUUCGCACAUGUGAUGAUCCCUGUUGGCCUUGGUAGUUUUACACCUGCGUAUGUGCAAAAAAUCAGUAUUGGCCUAGUUCUGCAAGAUUUUGUGAAGAUUUGUAUUUGCACUUGUGGAAUACAACACAUUGGAUCUAAAAGCCUGGAUAUUAUUGAUGCAAUUUGCACUGAAGAUAAUGUACUGUGCUAUAAG